GUCAAGUGCAACGUACUUGAAAGACUCUGAGGUGGUAACGUACAACCUAUACGGUGCGUGGUAAAUUGGGAAUUACUGAUCCGAUAAAUAGUUAACAGUUAAAGGUAUAAAAGAGAUGAAAUGGACUGACAUUAUCAUUUAAUAGUAGAACACUUACCGUGUAAACUUAUAUUGUAAACAUGGAACAGAAUAAUGUGGAUGAUAGAAUAACGUUAGCUUUAAAUACAUUAAGAAAUGAACUGCUUGAUUUAAGAAGCCAAGAUGUAAAAUUGAUGAAGCAACUUCUUAAUAUAAAUGAUACCAUACAAACAUUAUCUAAACGUCAAGGACACAAGCGGCAACCUAGAACUAUUUCUGGUCACCAAAGAAGGUGUAUGAGUAGUUAUACGCUUCCAAAUUCUACCAAUCAAAUAGAACAGAAAACAUUUACACGAAGACUAAGUGCUCCUAUAUUCGAAGAUACAAUGGGCUCAUCUUCAAGUUUAGAAGGUUCUGUUUGUUCUGAAGAUAUGAGUGAAUAUUCCGAAAGUGAAGAGGAUUUAUCAACGAGAUCACCCAAAUUAUCUCGACCGCCAUCUUUGUCUUUCAUUAGGGACUCUGAUAGUGACAUUUGUGAUGAGGAUAUCUUGAGAACAAAUAUCCGUGUUUGGAAACUGUCAAAAUCAAACCUUUGUAUCUGAUCAGAAUAAAUCGUCAGAAAUAUCUGAAGCAAUACUAUUUCAAAGUUCGGGCGAAAGCAAUUAUCAAGGAAAGUUCGAAAUGAAUAUACUGAGGCAGGUCGAAAGAUGAAAUGUGCAAUGGAGCAAAAUGAGGCGAUGAUAUAUAUUGAAUAAGAAGGUCCUCUCAGCUAUACAUACUGAUGCUUCAAAUGAUUGAGUAAAACUGCUAGUCCUCUCUGUGUGUGCUUUCUUCCUCUGAAACAUUCUUUCUGUAUGUGAUCAUAUAUGUCAGCAUUGAUGGGAUAACACGAAGAAGUUCCACACCUGAACAUUUGCUCAAAUAAAAACUUUUAAUCAUGCUUUUUUCAAUUAAAAAGACAUUAAAAAUCCAUUACCAAGAGGUAGACGGAUAUGUGUUCAAGUAACGGUUUAUUGUCUUUAACGAAUGUGCACUUCAUGACCUAGAGACGUAAGCUAAAAUGCUACAACUAAUUUAAUUUUUAUCACGAAGGGUCAUCAAGGUAUCUAUUAGUUUAAAUACCUUUACGAGCAAGAGUGCAGUUAUGCAUAGAGUUGUUUGGUGUUGGGAUACACCCUUCGCAACCCUAUUGUAAAUCUUAUCGUUAUUUAUCAAAUAAAUGUUUUAAACUUG